AUGCAAUUAGUUAAUAGUAAGAAAUCGAUUAUAAAGGAGUAGGAGCAAGAAUCUGAUAAAUAACGAUAGAUAGGAGAUUAUCUGUUAGGUUGAUGUUUAGGUUUACAGUAGUUAAAACUCUGGGAUUGGGUACAUUUGGUUUAGUCAAAUUGGCAAUUCAUUAAAUAACUUAAGAGAAGGUUGCAAUUAAAAUUUUGGAGAAAUCAAAGAUUAUAGAUGUGGCAGACGUUGAGAGAGUAACUAGGGAAAUACAUAUUUUGAAAUUGAUUCGCCACAAACAUGUGAUUCAAUUAUAUGAGGUAUUGGAUGUAUAAAUAAACUAAGAUCAUUGAAACGAAGAGGUAUAUAUUUUUGGUGAUGGAAUUCUGUGAUGGAGGCGAACUCUUUGACUACAUCGUGAAACAUUAGAAGUAAGAUUUUGAAUCAUUAAUAAAAGACUCUCUGAGAUUGAAGCAUGCAAGUUCAUUUAGGAGUUAAUAUCUGGGAUUGAAUAUAUCCAUAAAUUGAACAUAGUUCAUAGAGAUUUGAAGCCAGAAAAUUUGCUAUUAGAUUAUCAAAAGAGUUUAAAGAUUGUGGAUUUCGGAUUAAGCAAUACAUAUAAACAGGGAGAACAAUUAAAGACUGCAUGUGGUAGUCCAUGUUACGCAGCACCUGAAAUGAUACAAGGGAACAAAUACGAUUCCCUAUUAGUCGAUAUAUGGUCAUGUGGAGUAAUUUUAUUUGCAUCUAUUUGUGGUUAUUUACCAUUUGAAGAUGCCAACACUUCAGCCUUAUACAAGAAGAUUCUACAUGGAGAAUAUUAGGUUCCUAAUUUUAUAUCUCCGGAAGGCAUCAAUUUUCUAAAGGGAAUCUUGAAUAUUAAUCCAGAGAAAAGGUUUAAUUUAGAGUAAAUAAAAUCACACCCAUGGUUCAAAUUGUUUAGGAGAUCGCAUUCUAUUCCUCCAGGGAUCAUCAUUGGAUAUCACAGGAUUCCCAUCGAUAACAAUAUUGUACAACAUUUAAAGGAACUUGGAUUUGACGAGGAGUAUGUUAAAAUAUGUUUGGAUGCAAAUAAAUAAAACAAUGUAACUACCUCUUACUUUUUAUUGAUGAAGAGACAUUUGAUGAAUGGAGGCAUAUCAACAGCUGAUAUUAAUUCUGUUUAUUUUGAUUCAAAAUUAAUAGAUCCAAUCCAAAGGGCGCAAAAAGGUAACCAAUUCUAUGUAUUCUAUGUAGAUCCAGUUCCAGGGUUCUUGGAUGAAUCUAUGCUCAAAACUUUGAAUUCUAACAGGUCUCAAACCAAUCAAAAAAGUCGUAAAAACAAUAAACUGCAUACCUAAUAAAACAGAGGUCAUUAUUAUUUAUAAGAGGAGAAAUUCAAUAGGUUGAUUCAACUAAAAUAAUCCUAUCGGCAAGAUAGUUUGGACUCGGACUAAGAAUGCAGUAAAUCGUUUUCUUAGAAUGUGUCAUCAAAUGUAAAAAAAUCAAAAGUUAGGACUGAAUCAAAUUAUAAUGCAGACUCCUUAUUAAAUUAGACUACAAUGUUUGCUGGUAAGAGGUAAUCGAUUUCACCUGCUAAUGCCAAUCUUAUAUUGUAAUACAUUAGUAAUUAUUAACUCUAUAAUCAGAACAAUAAAAAAAACUAACUCCUACUUCCAAUAGAAAUACUCAUCAACAAAAGUAAAAUAUUUUCUCUUUGAAUUACUAAAGAAACGUUUAGACUAUUUAUGAUCAUGACGGUCUCAAAAUUGUUAAUUCAAGUAAACAAUAACCCAAUGAUCACAAGAGAAGCCUUAAUUAUUAAUGGAUGCCCUAAACCUCAACCAAUCCCUAUUAAUUAUUUUUACAAUCCAAAUCCAAAAGAGGAUCUAAUGAUUUGAGUGCACCUCAUUCAACCAAGUGUGCAAACAACCCAAAAGGUAGGUCAAUCUUCAUGCAGUUUUGA